CGGUUAUUACGGGCGGCGAACUCGUUCUAUUCGUCCUCUUGUCCGAGAGCGAUGGCGACGGUCUCUCCUAUCUCUGCUUGUAUAGUUCCGACCAAAUCCGCCGGGAAUCGGCUAAGUUUUCAUUUUUCUGGAUCAUCGUCUCUUCGUCCUUGCAACAAACACAACCACCGUUACCCUUCCACGGUUCUCGUCUCAUCGUUUCAUCGACGAUCAAUUCUUUCAAUCAAGAGUCCUUUGACUGUAUCUGCAACCGCUGCUGCAAUCGAAGUUGAAGAGGAUACAAUUUCCAGAAAUCCAUCCAAGACCCUUCCUUUCCGGGUUGGUCAUGGAUUUGACCUCCAUAGACUAGAGCCCGGGUAUCCACUGAUUAUCGGCGGAAUCAAUGUCCCCCAUGAUAGAGGCUGUGAAGCUCAUUCAGAUGGUGAUGUGUUGCUUCACUGCGUGGUCGAUGCAAUUUUGGGUGCCUUGGGGCUUCCGGACAUCGGGCAAAUCUUCCCAGAUAAUGACCCUAAAUGGAAGGGUGCAGCGUCAUCUGUGUUCAUAAAAGAAGCCGUGAGACUAAUGAGUGAGGCAGGUUAUGAGCUGGGAAACUUGGAUGCAACCUUGAUUCUGCAGAGACCAAAACUGAGCCCACACAAGGAGGCUAUCAGGGCCAACUUGUCAGCGCUGCUCGGGGCGGAUCCUUCUGUCGUUAAUCUCAAAGCAAAAACUCAUGAAAAGGUUGACAGCCUUGGAGAAAACCGAAGCAUUGCAGCUCAUACUGUGGUUCUUCUUAUGAAAAAGUGAAGGAAGGUUCAUCUUCCAAACAGUCCUGUUUAGAAUACUGAAAUUUCUUUCCUGUUUGCAGAAAUGUAAUUGCUUUGUCCUCACAGCUGAGAAUUGAGGACUAUGUGAUCGUCGGCUAAAUGUGGCCAAUGUGACCGUUGUAUGUAAUUCAUUUAUUACAUAGAAUAUCCAGCUAAAUUGUUCCAAA